UCUGCCGAUCUGAAAUUCCGCUUUCUUGAUCAAGUUUCAGUUGCCAGAGACGCUUGCAUAUAUGUAUUUAGAUUUUUAAAAAGGAAUGAGUGGAAAUUCAUACCAGUUUUCGACCUUGCUAUCUUCAACGCUUGAUUUACAACACCAAUAAUGGAAGAAAACACGAUUUUACCUAAUCAUAUUUUAUUCAUUCAGAAAUCGAUAUCAUGAUAUCUGAAGAUUUAGAUUAUUUACUUUGUUAUUUAUUUGUUCCAUAAAUUUCUGAUAAAUCGUAUUGGUCAGAAAUUGAUUUGAGAAAGAUGACAGGAAUGGACAAGAAAUCAAAGAAGCCGCUUAGGAUAAAAAUCAUCAGCAUGGGUAACGCGGAGGUUGGAAAGAGCUGUAUUAUCAAAAGAUACUGUGAGAAGAGAUUUGUUCAUAAAUACCUUGCUACAAUAGGAAUUGACUAUGGUGUUACCAAGGUCACAGUUAAAGAGAGGGAUAUAAAGGUUAACAUUUUCGACAUGGCAGGACAUCCAAUUUUUUAUGAGGUCAGGAAUGAGUUUUAUAAAGACACACAAGGAGCUGUGGUUGUGUUUGAUGUCGGAGACAGACAGAGCUUUGAUGCACUGGACAGCUGGAUGUUAGAAAUGCAGAAUGAAAUCGGCAACCAGUCGGAGAUGGACAAUGUGGUGGUGUGUGUUUGUGCUAACAAGAAUGACAAGAAGCGUGUGGUGGAUGAAGCAGAGGCGCGGAUCUGGGCGGAGACCAAGGGCUACCAUUAUUUUGAGACGUCAGCACAGACUGGGGAGGGAGUCUCAGAAAUGUUUCAGACUUUGUUUGAGUCGGUGGUGAUGGCGUUUGAGAAUGGUGGUAAGCGAGUCCCUGUACAAACGACACUGGGCUACUCCAAGGAACAGGCAGACGCCAUACAGAAGCUCCGCAACGCAAAAAACGAUUAUGAGAGGCUCGGCCUGCCACCUGGUGCUACAAAAGACGAUGUGAACCGAGCCUAUAGAAAGCUAGCUGUCCUUCUUCACCCGGACAAGAGCGUGGCGCCGGGCAGUGAGGAAGCCUUCAAGCUCCUGGUAGCCGCCCGCACCACCUUACUGAAGCGGUGCCAGUAACACUGCCCUACCUUUGUCUUUCUGUCUUCUGUGAUAUUCUCAACAUUUCAUCUGUCCAACAUUCAUUGUAUUCUGCCAUUGGUGCAUGUAUGUGUGUGAAAGUCUGGCUAGAAACAGUACUGGACACAAAAAUGUGACAAUGACAUCAUCAACAGCACGAGACCUUCUUAAUGUCUGCAAGGGAAGGACCCUAUUAAGGCCAUUUGACUAAUGUAUACAUGUAUUCCAUAUACCGGUAGUGCUCCGUCCAUACACAGUGUUUGUUCAAUCAGUGUCUGUGCUUUACAUUCUUUGUUUUAUUGAUUUUUUUUACAAUAUGUUAGUACGGUACUCAUAGUUUUUCGAAUUUCCAAAAACUCUUUCAGUUUGUACCAAGAGUGUGGUGACUGACAAUAGGUUCAAGAUCUAGUUUACUGACAAUGUUUAGUGGGGUAUGUUUAGCCACCAGGUGCAGUAUCACAACUAUUUACUCACACAUCCGGUUACCAUUUUGUUAGCGUGGAACAAAUUGGGGGUACCAUUGUAGAUGUUCUUUGUUAGACAAUUUUAUGAUUGACAGUGAUUUAUGUAUUAUUUGUAGUCUAUAUGGUAACAGUGAGGUUCAGUAUUAGAAACCAGCCCUGCACGCACUGCGUGAAUUUGGUUUUUGUUUUUUGUUUUGUUCAGUUUUGAUUUUCUGUGCAUUCUGUGAAAAAUCACAAAAAUCUUCUGCCAUCAUGUACAGUUACAAUAUUUUUUAAAGUACUUUUAAAAAAUAGUUAUUUAGUUACAAUUAAAGAAAAUUUAAAAUAA